GUUCCUGCGGCAGCCCCACCGGUGUGCCAGCCCAAGAGUGCCACUAACGGGCACCCUCAGGCUCCCCGCCUCUCCAUUUCCUCCCGAGCCACAGUGGUAGCCAGAAUGGAAGGUGCCUCCCAGGGGGGCCUGCAGACUGUCAUGAAGUGGAAAACCGUGGUUGCCAUCUUUGUGGUCGUGGUGGUCUACCUCGUGACGGGCGGCCUCGUCUUCCGGGCACUGGAGCAGCCCUUUGAGAGCAGCCAGAAGAACACCAUCGCCCUGGAGAAGGCGGAAUUCCUGCGGGACCAUAUCUGCGUGAGCCCCCAGGAACUGGAGACGUUGAUCCAGCAUGCCCUUGAUGCUGACAACGCAGGAGUCAGUCCAAUAGGAAACUCUUCCAACAGCAGCAGUCACUGGGACCUUGGAAGUGCCUUUUUCUUUGCUGGAACGGUCAUCACCACCAUAGGGUAUGGGAAUAUUGCACCAAGCACUGAAGGAGGCAAAAUCUUUUGUAUUUUGUAUGCCAUCUUUGGGAUUCCACUCUUUGGUUUCUUAUUGGCUGGAAUUGGAGACCAACUUGGAACCAUCUUUGGGAAAAGCAUUGCAAGAGUGGAGAAGGUCUUUCGAAAAAAGCAAGUGAGCCAGACCAAGAUCCGGGUCAUCUCCACCAUCCUGUUCAUCUUGGCUGGCUGCGUUGUGUUUGUGACAAUCCCUGCUGUCAUUUUCAAAUACAUCGAGGGAUGGACAGCCUUGGAGUCCAUUUAUUUUGUGGUGGUCACUCUGACCACAGUGGGCUUUGGUGAUUUUGUGGCAGGGGGAAAUGCUGGCAUUAAUUACCGGGAGUGGUAUAAGCCCCUGGUGUGGUUCUGGAUCCUUGUUGGCCUUGCCUACUUUGCAGCUGUCCUCAGUAUGAUUGGAGAUUGGCUUCGCGUUCUAUCCAGAAAGACGAAAGAAGAGGUUGGUGAGAUCAAGGCCCACGCGGCAGAGUGGAAGGCCAAUGUGACAGCCGAGUUUCGGGAGACGAGGCGGCGGCUCAGCGUUGAGAUCCACGACAAGCUGCAGCGGGCGGCCACCAUCCGCAGCAUGGAGCGUCGGCGACUGGGCCUGGACCAGAGAGCCCACUCGCUGGACAUGCUGUCCCCGGAGAAGCGCUCUGUCUUCGCAGCCCUGGACACAGGCCGCUUCAAGGCCUCGUCCCAGGACAGCAUCAAUAACCGACCCAACAACCUGCGCCUUAAGGGGUCGGAGCAGCUCAACAAACACGGGCAGGGCGCCUCUGAGGACAACAUCAUCAACAAGUUUGGGUCCACCUCCAGACUCACCAAGAGGAAAAACAAAGACCUCAAAAAGACCCUGCCUGAGGACGUGCAGAAAAUCUACAAGACCUUCCGGAAUUACUCCCUGGAUGAAGAGAAGAAAGAGGAGGAGACUGAAAAGAUGUGUAACUCAGACAACUCCAGCACAGCCAUGCUGACUGAAUGCAUCCAGCAGCAUGCAGAAAUGGAGAACGGAAUGGUACCCAUGGACACCAAAGACAGGGAGCUCGAGAACAACUCAUUACUUGAAGACAGAAACUAAAUGUUAAGGACACUGGACUAGGACUAAGCAUUGUGUGGUCUUUUUUUUUUUUUUUUUUUUUAAUAUUCACACUGAGACACGUGCCUUAAACAGACUUCUGGUUAGUCCAAAAUUACAUAGCAUUGAAGAAUAUAUUUCACUGUGCCAUAAAUGACUGAAAGCUUGCUCUGCCAAAAUGAAUCAAAGAACAAGAACUUCAUUUCAGACAGCAGCUGCAGGACACACAGGGAGCAUUCGCACAUGUAGUAGGUCGGGGCCACCCAUGUGAAGGGGCUUCCCACAGUGAGGCCGUAGCGCUGAGCAGUGUCACCUGGGCAUGGCUUGCAGACAAGGGCAGCUAUUCCUUAGACCAGCCUCCGAAGGGAACAGGUGUAUCUGGAGCUUUGUUUCCUGAAGCUAGCCUCGCACACAGAAGGGGGCCUGUUUGUAGUUGAACUGGUAACUGUGGCUAGGUUUAGAGCUGACUUUUUGGCAUGUGCUCUGAACUUGAAUUUUGACACACACCAUUCAGUGUGUAACAUACUUUCUGAGCUCCGAGUGAGUGCUGUGGGAACCCGAGAGCACCUGGAAGUUUUGUUGGAAGCAGAUCAGAGCACACAUAUUAGAAGGUGCGAUUGCUUUUCUCAUGACAAAGGAAAAAAUAAUCACACACAUCACACUGUGGAUAUCACCUUAACCAAUGACAGAACCCUAUUGAGUUUUGUCUUUCUCACAGGGCCAGGUAUUCCAAGUGAACUUGCAAGCGCUGGUGAAAAGUCAGCCUCAACUGCUGCAUGGUUAAAGGUCAAUCAUGCAUUUUCGUCACUGGGUGUGAUGGUGAAAAUAAACAUUAUGAAAUGUCCAUGUUCACUUUUCUACUGGAACUUAAGUUACAACUCGUUUUGAUAAGGGGGAAGAUACGAAAACUAUUGCCUUGCAUGAUGCCAGUGGCUUGCUGUUCUGCCUAGCCGAUUCUAAAUUUUUAUAAAAAUAGACAUCCUGCAUUGCUGAGACAUACUGAGAAGUACCAUGGCAUCUUUCCAUCUCAGGGCUUUCUGUCCCUUUGAGUGUCUUGGGUAGACAUAGUCAUGAGACCCAAUCUUGCUAUUCCCAAACAAAAGCAAAAUUAAUCUCUCAACCAACUCUUGUAAAAGUGAAAUGUUUUGCUUGCAGCUUAAGUGCCAUUAAUGCCAUUUACAAAACAAUACUUAAAAGAAGUACUUACAAUAUUUCAUUUUACUUCUGUUUGGCUGUUCCUUUCUUCUAGAAGCCUUCUUUUCCUUGCUGCAUUAUCUCACACCUGCUAUUCACUAAAAUUGGAACACUCCUGUGAUUGAUUGUUUCAAGGCAAACAAUAACCAACAGGUGGUAAUUAUGUGAUAUUAGAACAUUCAGUGAAGGAAGGUGGGAGACUAUCUAGUCAUAGGUUUUGAGAGGGUGAUUUUAAAUGGAUUUUUAUCAGAAAGGGAAAAAGGAAUAGUAGACCAUUAUCCAUGUGUGUGUCUGAUUUUAUCAUAAUUGACUGGCUGUUACAUUGGUUCAUAGUUAGCUCUUUGGGCCACUUAAGCAUUUGUACCUGGCAAUACCAGGCAGUUGCUGGUUAUGGGCCUCCUACCUUUGGGGUAUUUCAUAGGAUUUGAUAUAACUCACCCACACCAUGAAUUUACCAGACAAUUACAACAUAAAUGGAGACUUCCAGAAACCUUCUAGUGCUUUCUUUCAGGGGAAAAUUAUGCCCACUGCAUCCUUGACCAUUUGUAAUACAAAGAUCUUUCUCUGCUUAUUUCCCCAAAAAUGACAUCUGUCCUUUGCCUGGCCCCAACCUUUGGGCUUGAGUUAGAGACCUGGCAUUGUUUUUGAGAAGGACCCAAAUAAGAAUCACUAUGAUGAGGUCUUUCCUCUCCAGAGUAGCUUGGGUUUACUCCUUCCCUUGGCUCAAGCGAUGGCUCACUGGUGACAUCCAGUGUUCACACAACAGACACUUGGGAAGCGAUGGGUAUGUAGAUGCGGAUGGUGAUUUUUACUAUGGGUAUCAUUCCAGCCUGACCCAAGGGUUUUAAGGAAUUCGUAGGUAACUAGGAUUUUCCUGAUUAAACUUUUGGAUCUCAUAUUUGGGUUUCCACCCUAUAGUACAUUGGUACUUCUUUAUAGUAGUGUGUUAAAAUUGUAGGCCUGACAGCCAGAUCUAGGAAAGAGGCUUUCCUACCAUUUAUCCAGUGCCUUCUGUGGACCAGGCAUUGGAUUAGGCACUUGAUGGAUGUCAGCUGCAUGAAAGGUCACAGCACUGCAGGGGAAGUAUUUGCAAACCUGUUAUGUAGAUGAGGACAAGGAGGCUCAGGAAAGCUGAGUAACUUACCUAAGGGCACACAGCAAGAAGGUGGUAGAGCUGGUAUUCAAAGUAUGACCAAAGUCUGCCUUCAACUUUGCUACAAUGUCUGUGUCAUGCACCCUUGUGAGUGUGUGAGUGCAUGAGUGUGCGUGCACAUGUGUCUUUCAAGCUUCAUGGACACAGUUUACAGAGGAGAGCAGAAGAUAUGGAGGAAUCUGUACCCAGAAGAGUGCAGGAAGUCUGCGUAAACAUAGCCUAAAGGGUUGCCCUGGAAAACACCUGCUGUGCAUGGUCUUGGUUUUGUUUUGGGGAAUGCUGCAUAUGGCACUUUUUCUGUGUAGUUACAAAUGCCCUUUGAGAGCACUCUUUUGCACUUUACUUGCUUACCUGGCAGGAAUUUCACAUUCAGCAGGACUAAAACAGUUCAGAGAGCACUGAGCUGCAUAUUCUACCAAAUGGAACAGGUGCAUGUGUUGGUGUGUGCAUAGACGCUUCCCCAAAGAGUCAAAUUACAGUAAUGCAGAGUCAGAAAUAGCCUUGGGUUGGGAGUGCAGAAAUCUUUGAUACGUCCUCCUGUCCUCCUCCCUGAGCACAGUGGGGACACGCCCUGCUGAAUAAUGUCAAAGAUGACCUUUCGAGGGAGACUGAUCCAUUAAAUAUGUGGGAAAAGUAUUUCAAAAAUUAGAAAGUACUGUCCAAGGGAAAAACCUGAGAAGGAAUAAGAGUUUGGAUUCUUCUUCGUGUGUACAAGCUAAGAUUUGAGGAUUCAGCUGUUUUGGAAACUUGAAUGUUACCUUUUUAAAGAUGGGGCCAAAUAGCGCACAGGACACACAUGAUAACGCAAAGCUGCUACAUGUUCUAUGUGCACUGCUCAGCCCUUCCUCUACAGUCUGCAUUCCCACCUUACCAAAACCUGGAAUAGACAUUUUGAUGUUGCACACAGAAAGAGCACAUGGUCAAUAUCUUCAUUGGGUGGUGUCAUUUGCUUCACCUUGUCGUUGGGUACUGAAUUUUAUUCUCAAAACACAUCUGGAGGUUUGCUGGUGACAGCCAAAGGACGAUUUGGAGAAACUAAUAUAGGUCAUUGCCCAGUCCUAACCCAAUAGUGAUUUCAGCAAUCUGUCAUAUUUUGGGUAGAGCUGUAUAGUGUGUGUGUGUGUGCGCGCACGUGUGUGUACAUGCAUGUGUGAGGUAUCCCUAGCCUAUUACUGAGGUGACUGGGGCUACUGGCUCCUCCAGCCACAGCCCAUGCUCAUGGGCACAUCAAUUCUCUGUACUUCAUGUGCACAUCAAGGAAGUUGAGCACAGAUAGUUGUAAGGGCCUUUUUAGUUCUGCAGUUCCUUGGUGAAACAUUCCCCAGCCCACAGCUACUUAAAUUUAUUAAGAAAGUUAUAAGUUGGAUUUUGGGAUUUGGUUAAGGAUCCCAACCAUUGUAGGGGAGAGCUUGGUUUUUUGUCCUUUGUUUUCUGGGUGAUUGACGGAGACCAGAUGUAUCUGGGAGACUGGUUUCCAAAUUAGGAUCAUGUCUAGUGUAGGCUCUGUUCUCCCUUAGAACUCUUUGGCACACUGUCACCUGGGGGCUCAUGCUAUGUGGGCAUUUUGCAUUUUUUGCAUGGUGUUAAAGCUAGUUAAAGAAUUUUAAGCUGUUGCUAUUUACAGUCAGUUGUACUACAAGUUCCCUUUGAUUACUUCAUGAAUUUGUGUACUUUUCCUCCUGUCUCUCUCUGUCUUUCUUUCUGUCUCUCUGUCUCUGUCUCUCUCUCUCCACAGACAGAGGGAGGAAAUGGCUGUUCUGGGUUCUAUGAGGACCAUUUCACGUUCAAAGUCCUGGUUGUGUUAAGCUUUGGCAAUCGCCCCCUUUCCUCCCUCUCAGAUGAUAUCACUUCCUAGUUAAGUCAGGGCUGCAUAUCUAUUUGUACGCUUGAUUUUAGGGAUUAGUGAGAAUAUGGCCAGGAUUUGAGAGAGGCAAGUUUUGACUCAGUAGACUGCAUAAGAAUGUGAACCAUCCACUGUGUACCAUCGUUUCUGAACCACAGGAAAACAAACAAGCACAGAGGGCCUCUACAGGAAGAACACAAGAACGUGCUGGUAUUAUGUUCCAUAUCUCUGCUUUCUGCAUGCUACUAAUGUUUCAAAUGGGGGUAAUUCUUCCUCACUGUUAAGAUGCCCUUGUGUGCAAAUAGAGUAGCUAAAGGAGUGGAGGAAGCUUGUGGUGAUAGAGUGUAAAAGCUAGUUAGUAAUGGCCUUGAAAGGGAAAAAUGUAACUCUAAAACAAAGCUUACUUUAAUUUGGUAUCCUGGGUGCUGUUAAUUUGACAUAUAGGAACUAAACUAGCACACUGGUCCCAUGGCUCUAAAUAAAGCCCUGCGCUCUGUCCUUGUGUGAUAGCUGCAUUCAACUUCGCCCACCCAUCCAAGUCCCUUGUAAAAGUCGGCCCUCCCAUGGCAGUCUGUAGGUCACAUGACAUCAGCACAGUGGCACCGAGGAGAAAUGAGUGGUGUCUCCAAUUUUACUGAAAAUGGUGCCUGACAUUGGGGAUCUCCUUUGAGUUCUUGUUUCUUAAGUGAAGAAUCAAACAAUUCCCUGGGCAUUAAAACAGAAUUCCUUGAACGGACACCUGCCCCAUCUACCGAGCAGACCCGAGCUGUGGCAGGCAACUGCCCAACCCUUCCUUUGCUGCCAGGGCACCAGGCUCCAAUGUGGAGUUGCAGCGGUGCCUAGAAGUGAUAUGCAAACCACCCCACAUGCCAGCCUCCAGCUCCUUUCCCCUCCCAGAUUCGAAGGCAGUGGACCCCGUGACAACGACGAUGAACCCAUUUGUGGAGGUGUUUUACCUAUUUUUCUCUUUGUAGGACUUCAUGGUGCUUAAAAAAAAAAGGCAUUUUA